ACUCUCCGCGGGAAUGAUCUGAUUUGAGGCUGCGGAGAGUCAGCGGUGCUCUGUGAAAGUCAUGGCCGCUCAGUGCGAACCAUUAAGCGGAUACUUACAGCAGUCUGACCCGGGCUCCAACAGCGAGCGCAGCACCGACUCCCCGCUGUCCGUGUCUGAGGAUGACUCCAGCGGACCCACGGCGCCUCCGGACCCCGAGUGGACCGAGGAGAGGUUCCGAGUGGACCGAAAAAAACUGGAGAUCAUGUUAUUAGCUGCCACAGAGGGGCCAGUCAAUGGAGGUGAGGACUUCUUUCAGAAGGUCAUGGUGGAGACAGAUACUCAGAUUGCAUGGCCUUCCAAACUAAAGAUUGGUGCCAAAUCAAAGAAAGGUAAGACCUGUUGUUCUUCAUCUGAGAUGGUAAUCUGUGUGUGAUGCUGUAUCUGCUGUGAGAUCUUUCUGUUGCUCACAAAGUUAUGUUUAUAUGCACUUUUAGUUUCUGUAACUUGUCAUAUGAACCUUAAAUUUUGCAAUCCAAUUACUAGAGUGCUGUAUUGAUAAUGAAAACUAGGCUGGAGAUCAAUUGGUUUAUUUACUUCAGUAAACAAGAUCCAAUGCAAUCUUACGGCAAUUCAUAACUUUUUGAUUUAGUGGCUAAUUCGUAUGAAUUCGUAUGAUCUAAUUCGUACAAUUUAGUACGAUUUGCUCUUCGCCCAAUGACGGUUGGGGUUAGGGGUGGGGUUGGGUGCCACGCUUCCUUUUUAAUUUUCUUUUUAAUUCCUCCUUUUUAUUUUAAUUUUAAAUUUUCGUGUGACUGAACUCAAAUUCGUACAAAUUCAUAUGAAUUAGCCACUAAA